UUCGAAGGGAAGCACACGGACUCGAGUGUUUCGAAAGGUUCGUGAAAUUUGCAGUCGAUGCAAAUUAAAUAUCCUGCACUGAAGCAGGAAAUUAAUUACUUAGUGUGUCGACAACAUCAAUCGAGAUCUACUUACGAUCAUUCUAACAAGCAGUGAAGAUUCUGGGAGAUGACAUCUGCGAGAUUUCGCCUCUCGCGGCCAUGAAAACAGGACAUGCGUAAAAUUGUCGUUAUGAAGUUAACCUUCCUUUCCAUCUUGAACAUCAUAGCUGUGUUGAAAACAGGGCAUGGAAUCCCAAUAUCGUCAUUUACAAACGAUGCAGACAACAGCAUUCAACUUCCAGGGAUCAAAAACUUAUCAGAGUCAUCAAACCAAAAUCACUCAAGACUAAACAACAUUACAAGCAAUGAACUAAAGACAGAUCCAAUCAUUACAACAACAAACACUAUCAAGCAUGAGUCACCACCCCUGACUUUUCCAACGGCCCACACAGAUAGGAAUUUGUGGAGUGCAGGAUUUCAAGACAGCAAAACAAAUGUCUCCAGCAAGAACAGUACUACAACUGUUAGGACUCCACUGACUUCUAAAAAUCCAACAAACCUCAGAACUCCAACAGAAAAUCACACACUACCAACUGUUUUGCCAACUACACCUCGCUCAAAGAAGCAUCGAUUUAUUUGGAAAAUACUUGCUUACACUCUCAUACCUGUGGGUUGUUUGUUGACAAUCCUGAUCACAUACUGUUUGGUUCGUCAUGUGCAGAAAGUACGGAGGAAAAGAAGACUUGAGCGGGAGCUUGUGCAUCAAUACUCUUAUCCAAACAGUGAAGCUGAUGACUCAGAAGAACAGAAUAUUGGAGACUUUGAAAGUGUCAUUAACACUCACUUUGUUGCCUUCAAUGAUCGCACAGACAAAAAUCUUUAUGAGGAUCCUCAGACAGAGGUGAACCUAGCCUUUGAAGAAAGUUCCAAACUGGUGGUACAAGAGUCUGCUUCUUCUAUUCCAGAGGAACUUGAAGUUUCGACAAGUUUUACCAGUUGAUGUAGAGAAUUGAUGUGGACUUGCAAGCACUAAACCUGUUUUAUGGCA